GAGAGAGCAUAAAACGAGAUCGCUCCCGUCCAGAAAUUUCUCAGAUACCCUUUUUCUGUUUGUCGUCUUUUAUCUCCCCUUCUCUUCGCGACGGCCUUUUAAAAUACUCUCGGAGAAAACGAUUUCUCAUUUUUCCAAGAAGAUCGCUCCCUUUUUAUCUAAAUUCCCCUUCCACCCCUACUUCGAGAAGAGGAGGAGAUGUCUUUGAAAUUCUCAUUUCCGGGAGAAAUUGGAGCGAUUUCCUUCAUCGGUUCCAGUAAAGGAAGCCUUCAAAGGCUCAAAGGUGGGUUCGUUUUGAAGCGAAAAGAGAGUGGAACAGCAUUUGUAAGGGGAGCCCGUUGUUCUGCACAAGCACCUCCUCCAGCCUGGCCAGGACGAGCUGUUGUAGAGCCGGGACGGAACGCAUGGGACGGCCCCAAGCCUAUCUCGAUCGUUGGAUCGACAGGUUCCAUCGGAACCCAGACGUUGGACAUAGUAGCCGAGAACCCAGAUAAAUUCAGAGUCGUUGCAUUGGCAGCUGGUUCAAAUGUGACUCUUCUUGCUGAUCAGGUGAAAACAUUCAAACCUCUGUUGGUUGCUGUUAGAAAUGAGUCAUUAGUUGAUGAACUCAAAGAGGCGUUGGCUGAUGCCGAAUACAAGCCUGAAAUUAUUCCUGGAGAGCAAGGUGUCAUAGAGGUUGCCCGCCACCCAGAUGCUGUCACAGUCGUCACGGGAAUAGUUGGUUGUGCAGGUUUGAAGCCCACAGUAGCUGCAAUAGAGGCUGGAAAAGAUAUAGCAUUGGCAAACAAAGAGACCCUGAUCGCUGGAGGUCCCUUUGUUCUUCCUCUAGCAGACAAGCAUAAAGUGAAAAUACUUCCUGCGGAUUCAGAACAUUCUGCCAUUUUCCAGUGUAUACAGGGCCUGCCGGAGGGUGCACUUCGCCGCAUCAUUUUGACUGCUUCUGGAGGGGCUUUCAGGGAUUGGCCUGUUGAAAAAUUGAAGGAAGUAAAAGUUGCUGAUGCUUUGAAGCAUCCAAACUGGAGUAUGGGGAAGAAGAUCACCGUGGACUCUGCUACCCUAUUCAACAAGGGUCUAGAAGUUAUUGAAGCUCACUAUCUGUAUGGGUCUGAAUAUGAUGAUAUCGAGAUUGUAAUUCAUCCACAGUCAAUCAUACAUUCUAUGAUUGAAACACAGGAUUCAUCGGUUCUAGCUCAGUUGGGAUGGCCUGAUAUGCGCCUACCAAUUCUUUACACAUUAUCAUGGCCAGACAGAAUUUACUGCUCCGAAAUCACCUGGCCUCGGCUCGAUCUUUGCAAGUUGGGUUCGCUAACAUUUAAAGCCCCUGAUAAUGUGAAAUACCCAUCCAUGGAUCUUGCUUAUGCUGCUGGGCGGGCUGGAGGUACCAUGACUGGAGUUCUCAGUGCAGCUAAUGAGAAGGCUGUGGAAAUGUUCAUUGACGAAAAGAUCAGCUACCUUGAUAUCUUCAAGGUUGUGGAACUCACAUGCGCCGAGCACAGGAAGGAGUUGGUGACCAAACCAUCUCUGGAAGAGAUCAUACAUUAUGACUUGUGGGCCCGAGACUUUGCUGCGAGCUUACAAACAUCUUCUGUUCCGGCAUAAUCCACAUACAGAUGGAUAAUUCUGUAUUUUCUAUUUUUAGCUAUAGAAGAAGGGGAGAAGGUUGGGUGUUCCAACUGGGGACACAGCAGCUCCAACCUGGCCCAUUCAGAAGAGGCUGGCGGGAAUUCCAAUGCAAAUUCAAAAUGGGUUUCCCGUUUUGAAUAGUACAAUACUAGGAGAUUCCCGCCAAGGUGCCACUUCGAACAGGUUACAAAAUCAGACUGCUUCAUUCAUCAAGUAGGCAUUAAAUAUGGAUGGUUGAUCAGGUUCUUUUAAGUUCCAAUCUCUUGUCUA